GACAUGUCGCUAGCCUGGCAGCUCCCUUUCUUUCUCGACUCCAUCUUGGACCGCGUGGACAUAUUUUCCAAUAGGCAACCAAGACAAGCUAAAAUAUGACUAACUCAAAGGGUUAUCGCCGCGGCACUCGGGACAUGUUCUCGCGUCCCUUCCGCAAGCAUGGUACCAUUCCCCUAUCCACAUACAUGCGUGUCUUCAAAAUCGGCGAUAUUGUUGACAUCAAAGGUCAUGGUGCAGUGCAAAAGGGUAUGCCAUACAAAGCUUACCACGGCAAAACUGGCCGCAUUUUCAAUGUUACUCCACACGCCGUUGGUGUCAUUGUAAACAAACGUGUGCGCGGUAAGAUCCUACCCAAGCGUAUCAAUGUACGCAUUGAACAUGUGCAUCACUCAAAGUGCCGUGAGGAUUUCCUGCGUCGCGUUAAGGAGAACGAACUUAAACUGAAGGAGGCCAAGGCUAAGGGUGUAUAUGUAAACCUGAAACGUCAACCUGCGCCGCCAAAGAAGGCGCACUUCGUCAAGCAAAUUGAAGAGCCCAUUCAAUUGGCACCAAUUCCAUACGAAUUCAUUGCCUAAGCGAAGUUAUUUUGAUGUAUUUAAACGCUGUUUUUUAGAAAGUAUGUGAAAAAAAUAAAUAGAAAAAUCUAAUUCUAUGUAAA